AACAACUUGAUUGCUCUUUUCUUUAUGAUAUUUUUCUUUUUUUGUCCAACACCCCUUCCACUACUGGGCAAUCUCCACACAAUCCUUGCACACGAGCCCGGAUAUGAUGCGUUUGAGAUGUGGCGGAAACAAUAUGGUCCAGUUUACACAUACUGGAUCGGUAUUUUGCCGUUCGUCGUUGUGGCGGACUACAAAACAAUGAGAGAGACAUUUGUGAAGGAUGGCGAUGCUUAUGCUGGAAAAUUCACCAUCGACGAAGUCACGAAGGAUUACCGAGGUGGAAGAUACGGUGUGUUGGACUCUACUGGGGAUAUGUGGCGCGAACACAGGCGAUUCGCUCUGCAUGUGCUGAAGGAUCUUGGCCUCAGCACUAAUGUUAUGGAACAACGGGUUUGUGGGUUUGCAGCUGUUUUUUGUGUUUCUUUAUCAAUUGCUUGUCUCUCACGGCUUCUCUUCCGAAAAGUAACAGACCUGGAAGAACCCAUAUUACAAGACUGUGGUUCAGUGCAUGGGAUUUUUUUUAGAAACCCACCAUUACUACUGAUCUCGUUCAGGCUAUUUUUCUAUCGGGACGCUUUCUUUUCAUUUUUCGACCGUCAAAUCGAUGCUCAUCAAAAGCAGAAUGAUCAGGAGGGUGACAUCGCGACAGAUUACGUGGCAGCGUUUCUGAAGGAGCAGAAACGUCGUGAAGCAGAAGGCGACUACGAGCUCUUCAGACACAUUCAACUGCAGAAUGUCUGCCUGGACCUGUGGAUUGCUGGGAUGGAGACGACAUCUAACACGCUUUCGUGGGGAGUAGUAUAUAUUCUCAAUCAUCUUGACGUUCAGAUGAAAAUGCACGAGGAAAUGGAUCGUGAGAUCGGAUCUUCUCGGGCCAUAACUAUGACUGACAAGAACUACCUUCAUUUCACUUGCGCAGUUGUUAAUGAAAUUCAGCGACUCGGAAACAUAGUGCCAUUGAAUCUACUCCACGAAACACUUCGGCCAGUACGAAUUGGGGGGUUCGACUUGCCAUCGAAGACAGGAAUAGUCGCGCAAAUCAGCACUGUUCUUUACGAUGAAGAAGUGUUUCCCGAUGCACGCACUUUCAAUCCGUCAAGGUUUAUUGAUGAAAGUGGCAAAUUGAAGAAGGUGGACGAGUUCAUACCGUUUUCCAUAGGAAAGCGUCAGUGCUUGGGCGAAGGUUUGGCUAAAAUGGAACUUUUCCUAUUUAUUGCCAAUCUUUUCAAUCGAUUCGAGGCCCUCAGGUCAAAGGAGGCGGUCCAUAUAAGGCGUAGUUAG